ACAAGUUGUAAUCGCAACCAGGUUACGUUAUUUUAAAGUUUACUUUGCCAUCUGUGGCUUAGUAUAUAUGCAACAGGAAAUGGGAUUAGUGGCACUUAUCUCUGUGUGUACGAUAAGAAAAGCCUGUGCAUUAAACACAGGUUUACUUGACACACUUUUUCAGAGGGAGGGGUGAGGGAUAAAUAUUUAAUAAGCCACAUUCAAUAAGCCAUGAACGAUAUACAGCUUGUAUAAUAAUGAUAUAAGCAAUGACUCCGCCAUAUAUCUUAAUUGACCUCACCCUUCAUGCGUCUUAUGCUGGGAGCGACAUAUUCCCUUUUUGAGCCUGAAAAAAAAAAUCAAUUUUUUUUUUCUUGUCUCUCUUCUUUUACAUUUGCACCCGCAGCAUAAAUCAUGGAACGUAACAAUGUCAAUGUCAACGAUGGCGUUUCUAUCCAUGGUCGCCACCCACUUCAUUUAGUCGAAAAGAUCAUUCGUGAACGAAUUCAGUCCUCGCUUUACUGGAAAGAGAAAUGUUAUGGAUUAUCUGCUGCAACAUUGAUGGACAGAGCAUUCGAACUUGAAUAUAUUGGAGGAAUGUAUGGCAAUCAACAACCAACGGAAUUCCUCUGCCUUGUAUUAAAGUUAUUACAACUCACACCUGAAAAAGAAAUCAUUAUUGAAUUGAUUAAACAAGAGGAUCUAAAAUAUGUGCGUGCUUUAGGUGCGUUUUAUUUAAGAUUGACUGGAAAAUCAAAAGAAAUAUACCAAUAUCUUGAGCCUUUAUUAAACGAUGGUCGUAAACUUCGUGUGCGUGGUGGAGAUGGGUAUUCAUUAACGUAUAUGGAUAGCUUUAUUGACGAUUUAUUACAUAAACCUCGUGUGUGCGAUAUUAUUUUACCACGUCUCAUGAGUCGAUAUGUUUUGGAACAGAACGAUGAAUUGGAGCCUAGAGAAAGUGCGUUAGAAGACGAUUUGGAUUAAAAAAGCGAGAAAAUCAACAUUGUAUAGAAUAAUAAUAAAAAAAGCUCACUAUUGAAGGGGUUUUUUUUUUUUUUUCAUGAUGGAAUCGUAUCCAUGGAUUUUAGGGGAAGGGGAUACACAUGUGAUUGAAAAUAAGAAAAAUUUACUG